CAAAGCUACCAAAAUGGCGACGACCACAAUAUUCGCUUAUAUAAAACUAGACUAGUAAUACUAUGAAUAUGAAUUAAAAAUAUAAUCAUUUAAAUGGAAUAAGCGUUCAUAAAGCUCCUACACUAGAGCACUAGACUAGCUUUGAGACUUUUAUUUAUCAAUUUUGUCUUUUACACUUGUUUUUGUGUGUGUGUGUGUGUAAUACACAAAGCGGAAAUUACCCAACUUCCUUCUCGCCUUCUGUCAGUUCUGAUUUUUUAAUUCAAUUUGAAGGAAACAGAUCAAGAUCAACCUGUAGCUGUCAAACUAUCAUUUAUCACUGAAGUGAUAACACUAGAUCUAUAUAUUUCUAAUCAGAACAAAAGGAAAAUGAUAAAAAAAGAACUACAUCGACAGCCUACACUACCACAUGUAUUAACUGAAUAUGGCUUUCAGGACUUGGAAGCAGAGAGGUUACAAAAGGCUAAAGAAAAAGAAAAGGAGAGAAGAAAAGCAGUUAAAAAGCAUGACGAAUCCAAUUUUGAUGAUUAUGAACGAGAGAGAACUUUGGAAAAGGAAAAAGAAAGGGAUGAGCAAUGCCUUCAAUUAGUCAAAGACAUCUACAAACUGAGAGACUACUACUAUAAAGAAUAUAAUGCACUUCUGGCAGCCAAAGUUGAAAAGCAAAGAGAACAGAUAAAAGCCAACGAUGCAGCCAGGUCAAAACUAAGAGAAGAGCAAGAAGAAAAAGAAAGACAAGAGACUCACAAAGUAAAGAAAAGAUUAAGGCGCCACACACUGGAUCAAAAACUGCCAACUUUCUAUGUUCCUAAAACAGAUUUAUAUUACAUUGUUGGACUGGAAGAGAAGCUUAGACGUGAAGGAAAACUGAAAACUGUCAUGGACUACAAUAAGUUUAGAAAAGAAAUCAGUGAGCCUGAAACUUUUUAUAAGCACUUCAAAGUCCAGAAAAAUUUAGAUCAGACAAAGUAUACAAGUUCAUUAAAUGAGCACCAGUCUAGCUACAGCUGCGGAGAGUCCAGCGAUAGUCUGUACUCUCUGGAGCCUAAAGUGAAACUUGAUGACAGGCCGUUGGGUCGGAUCUCUGAGUCUCAGGAGUCAACAAGGUCAGACAACUGGGCUGUCACCCAAAUGUACCACUCUCAAAGUAAACAGACAAAAAGUGGCUCUGGAGUUUCAUCGAAAGCAGAUGACAUUGAAAAGAAGUUUCCCAAGUUGGACAUGCCAAAACUGCAUUGUUUUACAAUGGACUUGAACAGGAAACUCCCUGAUCCAGAAGAGGUUCGUGUUGAUGAAGAUUUGAAGGCAAAAGAACUUCAUCGCAAGAGGAUGGCCAGGACUGUGACUAAAAUGUAUCAACUUGCAAUGAGUAAUGCAGCUGUAUCAGCCAGAAUCAUGGACCAACAUGAAGACCUGAAAAUGUUUUUGGAAGGUCCAAGUUUGAGUGAUGUGAUUGCAGACAGACAUUGGCUGGUGGCCUAUGGUAUGAAUGAUUUGAAAGAAGAAACACCAGAGUCCAGUUGUCCAUCACCAUCUCCCACACAGAGCAGGCUGCAGCCUAUACAAGAAGCAGAAAGCUUAAGAGACACAUCAGUUCAAGAGGUGGAAGAAUGUCAAGAAAUGUCAACUGUUCCUGAUGAGAAAAAAUCGUUGGUCCCUUUGACUAUGGAAGAAAUUCGAACUAAUUGUACCAUUAAGGAAACCAAGGCAUUGAGUACAUUGUGGCACAACUACGUUCAAACUGGGAAAUAGGAAUAUUAUAUUUGUUUAUGGAAUUAAAUAUAUUAUUUGUUUUAAAUUACUGUAUUUAACUCUUUCACGCCUAAUCGACGAUACCAUCGUUGAUUUGACCUGAUUAAAUUAAAUUAAUUUU